AUAUAUUUAUAUAUGUAUCUCGCAGGGGUUAUUACAGGCAAUGUGGCACUAUAUGCAUCUGUUUGGAGCCAUAGCUUAAUCUCAUGUUUUGGACAGCUACAAUCUUCACCUGGCUCUUUGCUCUCAUACCAGGAUUCUCCAAAGUGGUGUCCAAGUGGUUGACGCGAGAGACAAACGAGGAGAAAAGCUUAAGAGCAGAGGUACGUCUCCUCAGUGGACAGCUAGCAGGAGUCAAUGCUAUUGACCAUUUUGCCCAGUAUGCUAAGAUACAGAGGAAGCUGAACAAGACUCUUGACAAUCUCAAGAAUCGAGUUAACCACAGGAAGACAGCUGAUUUUUGGAAGAGCUUCAUCAUUACCACUGCUCUCAAAGUCCUUGAGGAUGACUGGACAGAUCUGCAAACAUUCCUCUGUGAAUCCAUUCUCAAGCCAGGGAUGAAGAAUCUGUUCCAUUGUGUCUUGGAUUCUGUGAGAAAAGGGGAAGAGUUGGACAAGGCUGUGGAUACAUGGGAAGAGUUGGACAAGGCUGUGGAUACAUGCGAUUCCAUUUUGGACAUUCUAUGGGAGUGGUUGAAUGUGGGAUAUUGGAAGGAUGUGGACCUGGUAUGGCGACAUGCAUAUUCAUAUGCAUCAUUGCUCAAGGCUCUUGCCAUAUUAAAAUGUGCCAAUGACCAAGCUGUAAGCAAUGCCUUGAGGGCAUGUGAUAUGGGAAUCCUCAUGGUGGAGAUUGGGUCUCGUUACACAGAAAAUGACUGGACACAGAAGCUCAUGACUGUGAAGGAAUUUGCCCGGGACUAUGUUCUUUGUGGGAAUGGGACAGGAUACCUGGCACAGCAUUCACUUCUGGAUCAGAUUGUGGAGCUUCGUUCAGAUAUCUCAACACCAGACUAUUGCCUAGGUGAGACUGAUGUGAAUGCUUGGUUUGGUGGUCCUGGGACGGUUUCACCUCUCCAUUAUGACCCAAGACACAACUGCUUUGUGCAGGUCCUGGGCUGGAAGUAUUUCCGGCUGUACAAUCCAAUUUAUUCGGAUGCACUCUAUCCCUUCUCUUCCAUGCUGCUAAAUAAUACAAGUCAGGUUGAUGUUGAGAAACCAGAUUUGAGCCAAUUCCUGAAUUUCCAAGAUGUCCCCUAUUAUGAAUGUGUCCUGGGGCCUGGUGAUCUCCUGUUUCUGCCAAGGAAGUGGUGGCAUUUUGUGCGUUCCCUCUCCACCAGUUUCUCUAUAUCCUUCUGGUGGGACUUCCCAUGA